AUAGAGACGAAUAGAACUGGGACAGGUGCGUGCGUGAACUUUCAUCUUCUUCAUGUACUAAAUAUAUACUCUCUUCAUCUUCCUCUUCUACGGGUACUGGUUCUACAAAAAUAUCGACACGAAGUAGCGAAGUGAUAAAAUCUCCUCCUUUGAGCUCGGAUCUACUGAGAGAAUAUGGCGAUGAGAAGAGUCACCAGAGCAGCGAUCAGGGCCUCCUGCGUUUCGUCUUCAUCUUCUGGUUAUUUUGCCAGAAAAUUUAAUGCUUCUUCUGGAGAUAGCAAAAAGAUUGUUGGAGUUUUCUACAAGGCCAACGAAUACGCUUCAAAGAAUCCUAACUUCCUUGGCUGCGUCGAGAACGCUUUAGGUAUCAGGAACUGGCUUGAAUCACAAGGUCAUCACUACAUUGUCACUGACGACAAAGAAGGUCCAAAUUGCGAGCUCGAGAAGCAUAUCCCUGACCUUCACGUCCUCAUAUCCACCCCAUUCCACCCGGCUUACGUCACUGCGGAAAGAAUCAAGAAGGCCAAGAACCUUCAGCUUCUCCUCACAGCCGGGAUCGGAUCCGACCACAUCGAUCUGCAGGCAGCUGCAGCUGCUGGACUGACGGUCGCUGAAGUCACGGGAAGCAACGUUGUCUCCGUGGCUGAGGACGAGCUCAUGAGGAUCUUGAUCCUCAUGCGCAACUUCGUUCCGGGGUACAACCAAGUCGUGAAUGGAGAGUGGAACGUGGCAGGCAUUGCUUAUAGAGCGUAUGAUCUGGAAGGCAAGACGGUGGGAACUGUGGGAGCUGGUAGAAUCGGGAAGCUUUUGCUACAGCGGUUGAAGCCGUUCGGGUGCAACUUGUUGUACCAUGACAGGCUCCAGAUGGGACCGGAGAUGGAGAAGGAAACUGGUGCUAAGUAUGUUGAGAGUCUUGAUGAGAUGCUUCCUAAAUGCGACGUUGUAGUCGUCAACACCCCUCUCACUGAGAAGACAAGAGGGAUGUUCAAUAAAGAGAUGAUAGGGAAAAUGAAGAAAGGCGUUUUGAUUGUGAACAACGCGAGAGGAGCCAUCAUGGAUAGGCAAGCGGUGGUGGAGGCGGUGGAGAGCGGACACAUCGGAGGCUACAGCGGAGACGUGUGGGACCCGCAGCCGGCUCCUAAGGACCAUCCAUGGCGUUACAUGCCGAACCAAGCCAUGACUCCUCACAUCUCUGGCACCACCAUUGAUGCUCAGCUACGAUAUGCGGCGGGGACGAAAGACAUGUUGGAGAAGUAUUUCAAGGGAGAGGACUUCCCUGCUCAGAACUACAUCGUUAAGGAUGGUGAGCUUGCUCCUCAAUACAGGUAAGCUUGUUUCAACUUUCAGCACUAUCAAGUCUUGUCUCCAAAGGGCAAAGCAGACGGUUAAAUUAAAUAAAUUAUCAACGUUUUGUGCUUUGUUCAUUUGAAAACAUUGUAAUAAACCAACAAGACGUGUAUGUAACGUUGCUAUUUCAUGACAUUUAUCUUUGAGUCUAUCUAUAUGAUUCAUAUGUUAUAUUUGA